CCGCCUCUCCCGGAUUGAUGGACAGUAGGUCCCGCCCUCUGAGUGAAUCCCGGAUGCUGCGGCCGCAGAAAUGGCGGAGAGGAACCGAGGCCUCGGUUCAGGUGCAGUGGACCAAAUGCUCGAUGCAGAGAACAAACGAAUGACUGAUAAUUUGUCCAGCAAGGUGUCCCGGCUCAAAUCGAUUGCUCUGGACAUUGACCAGGAAGCUAGUGACCAGAAUAGAUAUCUGGAUGGCAUGGAUUCUGAUUUUUUGAGUGCUACUGGACUUCUGACGGGAAGUGUGAAGAGAUUUUCCUCGAUGGUGAAAUCUGGUCGGGACAACAAGAAACUGUUGUGCUAUAUGUCUGUUGGGCUGGUCCUCCUUUUCUUCAUCCUGUAUUUCCUUGUCACAAGGCUUCAGACUUGAUCUUUUUACAGUCAAACAGUAUGAUGAGGAACAGAUCCAGUGACCAGAGAAUACUUGCCAAACUUCCUUUUGGAUAUAGCCAAAAAGACUGACUGCCCUUGCCUUUGCACCAAAGUUUCUUCACAAAGCAAGAUUUCAAGACGCUUCCUCGAUCAGCCUGGUAAUCAGUGAUGAAAAUGAGGUUUCAGGGAGUGAUGAGAGAACAUGAUAUUAUAUGACACUAUAAUGCUUGUCACGUGAAAUUCAUACAUGCAUUGAUGCAGAAACUGGACCAAUUAUCAGUAAGAGUGCAAACAUUAAGCUGGGUAGAACCUCACCCCUCAGUUGAAAUGAGGAUAAAUUGGAACUUCCAUUCAAAUCAAAUAAAGCUAAUUUUUAAAACUUAUUAACAAAA